CUUAACUGUAGCGCGUUCUAAAUUAAUAACGUGAAUUCACGUUUGACAGUUGCAGUGUUGCCAGUUUUUUUAAGAUGUCCAAUAGUUUUUGAGUGUAUAUUAAAGCUGUAUAGGUACUGUUUUGUUUGAGUUACUGUUGUAUUAUGGAAAUGUCGCUGCCGAACGGUGUAGAUGUGUCCCAACUUGUGCAGCAUCCCGUGCUGGCCGCGUUGCCGCCUUUCUUCCUCAGAGCCUCUGAGAGAUAUCAGUCCACCUUUGUCCCUCACCAGAGGACACCCAAGUGCGCCCGCUGCCGCAACCACGGGGUGGUAUCCGCUCUUAAGGGCCACAAACGCUACUGCCGGUGGAGAGACUGCGUUUGUGCCAAAUGCACCCUCAUAGCUGAGCGGCAACGGGUCAUGGCAGCACAGGUAUGUUAUAAGGUGGCACUCCGGCGACAACAAGCACAAGAAGAAAACGAGGCACGGGAACUGAACCUACUAUACGCCGGACAGGCAUCCGCGCCGCACCACUACACAGAUAUGCCUGAGGAGUCACCUGUUCAAAAACGCGCUCGAAUCACCGAGGUAUGCUCAAGUCCCUCACCACCUACAGAGCAGCAACCACAGGAAUCAAAGACCCCAGUCCCCACGCCGCCCCUCGCGACGCCUCCACCACGCUCUCCCUCCGACCACGAGCUAAACGUAGAAGAAGAACUAGAAGACCAAUCAGAGACGUCACUAACGCCCGAAAACCUCUCUAUGAAAGAGGCCAGAACUGAAGACACGCCCGUCAAGAAGGAAGACGACGAGAAAUGGGAGAAUCCAGAUUUUAAAUACAAAAUGUUCAGACGUGACAGAAAGCCUGAAUCUGCGGCUGAACCUGUACAAGAAGACUCACAUCCUUACCAGAAGUCUCCAGUAGAUGUAUUGAUCAAAGUGUUUCCGAGGCGGAGUCGAGCGGAGAUAGAGACGAUCCUCGCUAGAUGCAAGGGAGAUGUCGUAGCUGCUAUGGACAUGAUGCUAAACGGGACAGACAAUACAUCCUACAAUGUAACUCAAGAAUCGCCGCCGUAUUUGCAAAAUUAUCAGUCAAAAUCUGCUUUCUCACCGUUGUCGAACCAAAGCUUCAAGUUUUCUCCUUCUAGAAGAUUCCUGACGCCUCCUUAUAGUGGCACUGGGUAUCUACCGACGGUGAUACGACCUCCGCCGGACUAUUUGUCGUCUUUCAUGCCGCCAGCUGAGUUGAUGUACGGGAGACAACUCCAGGUACCCUCGCCUGGCACUUCACCUACGUCUGAUAACACGAAUAAUGAGGGCUUCUCUGAUUAGGGGUACCUGAAAUAUUGGACCGUUUUGUAAUAGUUGGACGUUUUGAUUGUUGGAGUAGAGCUGCAGUGUGUUAGAUAUAGUUUUGUAAAUAAAUAUUUAUAUUGUCAGGACAUUAAUACUUACAUUUUAAUAUGGAAUGGUACGCUGUAAAAAUCACUUGAAACUGGUCAAAAUAUUUAAAGCAGUUAAGAAUUAACAGCGAAUAAGAAAUUGUUUGCGUAGUAUAUAAUUGUAUUGAUAUUAAAUUUAUAGAUAUUUUCUGGUCUACUUGAACCUCUAGUAACAAUCCGUUAAAUGUAUAAGUCCGGUAUACGGUCCGGUUGUCUAGUGGUUUAGCACACCGCCUCACUUCCGAUGGUUGCGGGUUCGAUUCCUCGCAAAGCACAAAUAUUUCUAU